AUGUCCAGAGAACAGAAGUCUGCCUCGCUACUCAUCUUCCCAUGCUCCAACCUCCGGAAGACGUCAAAAAGUGCUCCGCUGAGCAGUCUCCAGGCAGUUGAAGAUCAGCUAAAGAUAUGUGGCCACCAGAGGGAUGCUGAUGUCUUUGAGCUGUUCCUCUCUAAAAAGGACCUGACUGAGGUUAUUGAUCUUUCUAGAUUUAAAAAUUUAAAAUAUUUAUGGCUCCAUCAUAAUAAGCUACAGGGGAUAGCAUUUUUAACUAGAAACUAUUGUCUGACAGAACUGUAUCUUAACAACAAUGCAAUAUUUGAGAUAGAAGGCCUGCAUAAUCUGCCUUCUUUGCAUAUUCUUAUGUUGCACCAUAACGAGCUAACCAGCAUCGAUGCUACAGUGAAGGAGCUGAAGGGGAUGCAGAAUCUGAAGACCCUAAGUCUGUACCAAAACCCUUUAUCCCAAUAUAACUUAUACCGUUUGUAUAUAAUCUACCACCUUCCAGGAGUGGAGCUACUUGACCGGAAGCAAGUUACAGAGAAAGAGAGAAGAUCCAUGAUUACCAUUUUUGACCAUAAAAAAACUCAUAUCAUUCAAUCAAUAGCAUUUGGAGGAAGAGUGGAUGCCUCUUGGAACCCCAAGUUACCAAUAAGGCAAAAACGAGUUCAAAGACUUCCCUCAGAUUUCGAAUUUGGGGAUAAUGUUGACAAGACAGUGUUUGAUGACCCUGAAGAUGCUGUGUUUGCAAGAUCCAUGAAGAGGUCAUUGAUGGCCAUUACCUCUAUGAACUGGGACACCGUUCCAACACGAAAGGAAAAGUAUGAAGAGGAGAAGAUGGUGAAGUUUCCCCAAAUGGUCAUGAUAUCCCUGAGAUAA